AUGCCAAAUUUGUCAAUAAUGGCCCAUGAACUUGAUUCUACAACGCUGGCAAAUUUAGUGAGAACGGUUGAUCCGUUGAAAAAGCCGUUGAUUGUGGAUUGCCGAUGUUUUCUGGAUUAUAAUCUAUCGCACAUCCGAUCGGCGGUGAACGCGUUCUACUCGAAAAUGAUGCGGAGACGACUUUUCGAUAACAAGAUAUCGAGUAGUGUAAUGUUAUCGCAGUUGGGACAUCAUCACGCCCUUCAUGAGAAUAACCAUCAUGAAGUGGUGUCUACGUCAAAGAACGAAAGUGAUGAGCAAAAGCAACCGAAACAAUCCAAUGCAACUGCACUAUUGGACCUGGUAUUAUAUUGUGAACGCGACGACAUUCAACAACCAUCGAAUACUACGUUAUAUCCGUUCGGCAACCUGGUUUGUAAUAGUAAUAAUAACGGCAGCAAGAUCAAGAGGAAACUUUUCGGCAGCUUUGGCAGCAGUAAUUCGACGAAUCUUAACAACAGUGGACAUUUCUCAUCGAUCGAUUUUUUGCGAAUCCUUCAACAACGACUCACUCAGUCGAAGAGUUUCAAUCGAGUUUGGAUACUUCAAGGUGGGCGAUGA